ACGAUUGCGGCGGCGUGGCGGCGGUGCGAGCGUCAGUGUCCCGACCCGAGCGGCUCUCAGUGCCCCGAGUGCCACCUGUGUGUUCUGGCCGCUGUGGCUCCGCUCGCCCCCACCUGUUAGCGAAGAACCGAGGGAGGUUUCCUCCUGCGCCCGUCAGCAGAUCUCGAGGGCGGACGCGCAGGGACGUUGGAGGAGUGUUGUGAUUUAUAAAAGGAAAUGUAUAAAUACUUGCUUUUCUCUUGUUUGUAAAGUUUCUUGCGGGUGAGCGGUGAAGAGAAGUAUUCCGUUCUUGAAGUACUUUGUGAAGACUUGGAAAUUGAUCGCUGUAGAUCAGUAAUAACUGAAAAAAGUUAAAAGUAUGCAGCUUCGGCCUACAUAACUUAUGGAUAACUUUUGAGUUAAGUUCCCACAAAACACUGUCUGUUUGGCUCUUCUUCGCAGCGCCUUAUCAACGCCUCGAGGAUAAGCCGAAGCUUGAAGCGCGUGCGGCAUGUCUUGACCUGACUGAUCUGGCGUGAUGAUUCAGGUCAUAACGGGUCACACUGUUUUUCUGUUGACUUACUUGCACCGCAUGUGGGGCAUACAGUGGAAGAGAGGCAUGUUCGGGAUUGUCUGAAAAAGUGGAAGCCGAGAUUUUGUGGCGAUGCUUUGCUAGAAAGGAAAGGAGAAACAGAAAAUAAAUGUCAUUAAAUAUCUUUGUGGUGAAUGAAGAGAAGUAAAGUUAUUGUCAAGAGUUGUUUGGUGAAAACGGGAGUGAAUUUAAGAGCCUUAUAGUUUUUACCCUUGACGGGGGAACAUUAAGAUUAGUCGCUGAUUAUUCAGAGAAUCGUGUUUAUUUCCCUAAAAACAGUUUCAGAGAUCUAACAAGCCCUUAUUUAGUGGAUAAAAAUAUAUACCAGUAUUUCUUAAGAUUAUCAUUAUUCAUUUUCCUUAAGACGUUUUGGUGUCCUGAUUCUUGCGACCCAAAGAGGUCUUAUGCGUCCUCAUUCCCCAAGCACUCGAAUUUUCUGAGAAGAAGUCCGCGAAUUCCUCUAAUCUCUCCCGAAGAUCCUCCGAGACGCGUUCCAUCAGUCAGGCUUUUUCAGUCGACCAUCUGACUGCCUCCUGACCGACUGGUAUUGAAAUCAGUCGCGCGUAUUUUACUCAGAUUUAUCCCAGUACUGAGGAACGAGAAGCGAGUUGGUCGGCGCUGUGACUAAUUGAACACGAGGUGGAGCCAGCUGGUUGACUGCAGUUGGCACCACCUGGAUCAUGUGAUGCCUUGAAGAAGUGGCUUGUCACACGAGCUGCUGCCUUGAGUCCCGCUCUCGUGGAUCUGACGCCUGCAAGAUGAGGACCUUUAGAUGCUUGGGAUGCCUGCGUUCUUGAGACACUUUCGGAGUGGGCGUUUGAGUUAGAUUAUAAGGACUCGAGAUCAAGAAAGGACUCUGAAGCAUAUUGCGUUGAGCGUCAAUUUGACGUCUGAGAGAGAGAGAGUGCGAGCCAGCCAAGUCUUGGGUGAAGGGCGAAUUGAGAAUGAGCGCCCCCUAAUCAAGGCCGCCUCGAGGACAAUGUGACAAAACGCGGAGGCCUGAUCAGCGUAGCAGCAUCUCUCAUCUCGCCGCCCGAGAAAACCCUUUAAUUAACCCUGAGACUGCUGGGCGAUCCGAACCAGGGAAGAGUGCCAACAGUGACAGUCGUCUGUUAUAUCCGAGUGUCUUAUGGAUUAGUACUGUAUCGUUCUCUUGUAUAGUGAAUAAAUUCGCCGGUCAACGAAAGAGUUUUUGCGCCGGGUUCGUUAUGAGGGGAUGGUGAUGAGUCUGAAUAUGUCGCUCAGGGAUGGGGAGGGUUCGAACCCUCCCACGUCGUCCACGUCGUCCUCGCCGCCGUCGCGGGCUCCCUCCGUCUCCGAUCUGCUGGUGGACGACCCCCUUCGAGAGGCGGUGCUGGCAAACAUCGAAAGCCUCCAGGACACGCUCGCGGAGACACCGCUCCUGAAGGAGUGCGAGGACGAGCCCUCCAUCAUCGGCUCGCAUGGCCUGCCCUUACUGGACCUGGCCCCGAGCACGCCCCUCUCGGUCAGCCCGGGCUCGCCGCCGCCGCACCUGGGCGCCCCCCUCCUCCCGACGCCCCCCACCAGCCCCGUGAACAUCCAUGUGUUCGACUCGGACGAGGAGUCCCCGUGCGCCGACCUCACCACGCCGCUCAAGUUUGACUGUAAUGAGGCGACGUGGCGGCCGUCCGAGGAGGUGCCGGAGCCCCGCCUCAGCCCAACGCGGGUCAUCCCGACCAUCGACUACCUGCAGGUGCCGCCGCACCACAGGGCGAAGCUCAGGAAGAGGCGUCGCGUGUCUUUCAGCAAGGGGGCGGAUGCGCCGGGAAUCCCCUCGCCGCCGUUGUGCCCGACGGGGAUGCCGGCGCUCACCGAGGCCGUCGUCACCGAGCCUCCCCUGGAGGAGUCGUCCGAAGACGACUUGGUCGAGGAAUCCAUCCAGGCCAACGGCGGCGUCCUGCAGGUGCCCGGCCCCGUGGCCGAGAGGUCCUCCAACCUCAGCGCCGCCAACUGCGUCAUCAAGAUCCCCAAGAAGCAGCGGAAGCCCUCCUUCUCCAACAUCGACAUUCCGUGCUACCACCGGCGGCCGUCGGGCCAGGCGCUCGACGUCAACUUCGACUACACCUUCACAGUGAUGUACGGCCGCUACACCAAGGACCUCGGAAGGUACGCGCGCGAGGAAGCCAAGAAGCUCAAGAAAGACGACCGGAAGAACCUCGGCAGCGGCGCCUCAGGUCUGCGGCCGUACCGUGGGAAAGUCACCUCCAAGUGCCUCGGUCUCCUGGGCACCGUAUGGCAAGCCACCUUCGCCAGGGUAGGAGAGGACUGGGUAUUCCUGGCGGUGCUGGGCGUGGGCAUGGCUAUCAUCUCCUUUAUUAUGGACUACGGCAUUGCGAUGUGUAAUAAAGCCCGAAUCUGGCUGUACCGGGACCUCGCGAGUCACACCGCCCUGCAGUAUCUCGCGUGGGUGUCGCUGCCUGUCUGUCUCAUCCUGUUUUCGGCCGGCUUCGUGCACAUCUUAGCUCCGCAGGCCGUGGGUUCUGGCAUUCCUGAGAUUAUCGCCCUACUCAAAGGUGGUGGUCGUAGCCAGCCGCUAGAAGUAAGUUUUAAUUAUCUAGAGUGUAGCAGAACACUAUACUCCAUGACCAGCUACUACUUCAGGGCCCGGGUUGUCAUGGGUGUGUCCGUGCGUUACGUACUAGCCAGGGGGGGAGGGGAGUCGCUCGUGCAUUGGAGCGCCGCAGGGUUUGUCAUGUGUUGCGGAAGCCGGCUGCGUCGCCCGCCUCCUCCAGUCUCAGGGUUGUGGAAAACCGGCGUGGGGCACCCUAGGGGCUUCUGUCUGGGGGUCCUCGUCAGACAGGGACCGCCCCCGGGGACUCUCUGCCUUGGCGAGCCCCGACAUAAGUCCCUGGGUAGUCUGUACUGUGUUGUCAUCAUGUCCUGGGAGCGACAUGCAAAAAAGAGCCUAAUGUCCAUAUCUUUUACUCAAUGGAUAGAAGUACUGUCAAUGCACAGACCGCGACUGUCAGGUGAUGUUAGCACUUGGGCACACCGACAGCACAGCUCUGGCGCCGGUGCAACCCAGAGGUCACAGGGAAGUAUAUUGUAUCCCUUAGUCGCACUAGCACAACAGGUGGAGGCUGGACCCUUCGUGCACAUCGCCAGCAUCGUGGCCACCUUGCUCUCCAAAGCCGUGACGUCAUUCAAAGGCAUCUACGAGAACGAAUCUCGGAACUCGGAGAUGCUUGCGGCUGCCUGUGCGGUCGGUGUGGCUUGCUCGUUCGCGGCGCCGAUAGGAGGUGUGUUAUUCAGCAUCGAGGUCACCAGCGUGUACUUCGCCGUCAGGAACUACUGGCGUGGGUUCUUCGCCGCCGUGUGUGGAGCUAUGAUGUUCCGUCUCCUGGCCGUGUGGUUCAAUGACGAAGAGACUUUGACGGCGCUGUUUAAGACGAACUUCAAGGUGGGGUAUCCGUUCGACCCGCAGGAGCUCUUCGUCUUUGCGCUCAUUGGGGUCAUGUGCGGAUUCCUCGGCGCCUUCUUCGUGUGGGUUCAUCGCCAGUACGUCACCUUCAUGAGGAGGAAUAAAAAGAUGAAGAUGUUCCUACAGAAGAGCCGUCUGUUGUACCCCCUGUUCGUCAUCAUAAUCUAUGGGUCCUUCUCCUUCCCUCUGGGCCUGGGACAGUUCGCCGGCACCGAAUUAAGUAACCACCAGCAGGUGGUGGAGCUAUUCAGCAAUGUUACAUGGACAAAGGCAGAACAUAGCGUCCACGAAUUUGAGAUAGUGGAGAACUGGCGCACUCCUUGGACUGGCAUAUUCAUCAACCUUCUUAUAUACAUGCUGUUUACGUUCUGUGGCAGUGUGGUGGCCAGUACACUACCUGUUCCUUCUGGUAUCUUCAUCCCAGUAUUCAAGAUUGGGGCAGCUCUUGGAAGGAUUGUAGGAGAGGCCAUGGCUGUCAGUUUCCCCAAAGGCUUGCGAUAUGGAGGACACAAUCACAUUAUCAUACCUGGCGGCUACUCGAUUGUGGGUGCAGCUGCGUUAGCGGGGGCUGUCACCCACACCAUCUCCACUUCUGUUAUUGUCUUUGAACUCACUGGCCAGAUUACACAUAUUCUUCCUGUAAUGAUUGCUGUCUUGAUUGCAAAUGGAAUUGCACAACUCUUGCAGCCAUCAGUGUACGACUCCAUCAUUCAAAUUAAGAAACUCCCGUAUCUCCCUGACAUUCUCACUGCCACCUCUGGGGCCUAUAAUAUCUAUGUGGAAGAUUUCAUGGUGCGAGAUGUGAAGUACAUUUGGUAUGGAAUUACGUACAAACAGCUGAAAAACACACUCAAAGAACACAAGAAAAUCAGAUCAUUACCCCUUGUUGAUUCUCCAGAUUCAAUGAUUCUCUUGGGAUCCAUACAGAGAUCAGAGUUGAUCUCUCUAUUAGAAGAGCAUUUAGGAAAGGAUCGAAGGCUGAGAGUUAUCAACAAGUGGAAAUUUGCAGCUCAGAGAGCUCUAGAAGCAGAACAGCUCCAGAAGGAGGCGGAGGAAAAGCAAAAAGAAGAAGAGAGACGUAAAGUAAAGCAAAAACUCCUCGAAAUUGAAGAGACCAAUAAGAAGGCAAACGUUCCAUCGGCUGGAUUGGCAAUGGUGGCAGGUGUGGGAGGAGCACUUGCUGCAGUGGCGGGGAUUGGUCUAAACUUCAAAGGAGAAGCUGCCUCAGACCCAGGAACUCCCCAGUCAGAUUCACCCCCAGGAACACCCCCCACAGCAACCACAACCCCGGUAACCUCAGGCCCCACAACCUCAACCCCCAAUGACACCCCAGAUGAUGCAGCGCUAAAGCAGAGACGACCCUCAAGGUUUGAGGUCACAAAAGUCGAGUCACCUUCCAAGAACGAGUCAACAGUUACACUACAGAUUGACCCUGUAGAGAUCCCAGCAAAAUCUGAAACAGCACUGGAUAAGCCACAGAUAACCCAAAGGAAUAGUUUGCCUCGGAAAUCAAUCCUAAAGAAGACAAACAGUUUUAUCCUCCAUCCAGCUUCAUCCUCACCCUUUGUUUCUCCACAACACACACCUUAUGCUACAGUACAUGCUGGGGACUCUAGAUUACGGCAAGCUUUCGAAGCAGUGUUAAGAAAGACAAGCCUUUUAAAGAUGGAUGACAAGAAUGCAAGCGGCAGCACAAAUGUUGCAAACUCAAAUAAUACUUCAAAGCGUGUGUCACUGCCAAUGAACAGGAUGAUUGAGAUGACCCAGGAGGAGCAGCGGCGGUGGGAGGAGGAGGAGCUGAACAAGGAGGUCGACUUCAGCAAGUGUCACAUUGACCCUGCGCCCUUCCAGCUGGUUGAGAGAACAUCGUUGCUGAAGGUCCACUCUCUCUUCUCUAUGUUGGGUCUCAACCAUGCAUACGUAACUGCGAUUGGGAGGCUCAUAGGUGUGGUUGCACUGAAGGAGCUGAGAGCAGCAGUCGAGUCCACCAACUCUGGCGACUUCCAGAAGCCCAGAAGAGAUAGGGGGGUCGGGGGAACAUUUAGGGAAAAGUUUUUAAGGACCACCAUAAGGAGAAAGCUUCGGAAAGCCAUCGAAGAGACCAAUUCGGGAGACUUCCCCAAGCCAGAGACAGUUCCUGCAGCUCCGGAUAGUCCCCCACGAAGCCCAAAGACUUCAGAAUCAAAGGAUUAAUGAUUAUCGAUCAUAUAACGGACACAUUUUUUCUCAUGCAUGUGUUGUGGAUUAAGCACUUUUUCACUCUCUUUCUAGUAUGUGUAUUUAUUGAUGAAGCUACUAUUGAUGUAGGUAGAAAAUUUGAGAAUUAUUUGGGCUUCCUGAUAUUAAAAAUACAUUUGGUGAAAAGAGAAAAGAAAUUUGCAGUUCUGUAAUUGAUGAUGCAGAUUACAAUAUUAUAUAUCUUUUGCUACAUGCAUGUUAA